AUGCUCAUCGAGCUCGACCUCAUAUACCGCACCUGUACUCGGACCCUACGCAAAACGAUUACCGACCUUCAGCUGAACCCCACCGAGUCACCUUCUUUUCUGACGAGCGCUGCAGAAUGUCCAUGUACGGAUCGGCCGGCUCACAGACUGAAGAGCCUCAGAACCCGUCUCUCGACUGCGCCGAGGUCCGGCGCACAAUCCUCUCCCCGCGACGUGGCCGAGGCUGGCCAGAAGCUUGUUCCCAGCCCGGAGGACGUGACUUCUUUCAACUCCUCAGCCGAACCCGAUGUACCCGUCGGUGAUCUGAGCCAGCGUUCUGGGGAGGCUGUCGGGCGCUCUCAGGACUACGAUCCCCGUGACCGGGCCCAUCGCGAGCGGGAGGUCUCGAAUGGCAGGGCAGACCAGCGGGCCGUCGGCGUAUUCACAUUGAUGACCCAUACCGCGGUUACCAUCGCUCUAAGCACGGGUCUCGUAGGAUAUGUGUCCUUCCACUACUUGGAACCCAGGCGAUUGUCCUUCAUUGUCUUUCUAUUGAUUGGCUUGCCCGUUUCGACAUGCAUCGCGUUCGCUGGCGUUGCCGUCGUGCCCUUGUCAGUCCGAACGUUCCUGCUGAUUCUCGUCGUGCACCUCGCCGUGAUCGCGUCUUCCACGGUCGUCUAUCGGCUCUCUCCCUUCCAUCCUCUGUACCGUUAUCCAGGGCCCGUUGUAUGCCGGAUAACGAGACUUUGGGCUUGGCGGAAGGUCGCCGGCGGGUACCAACAUCGAUAUUACCGCGCACUGCAUCAACGUUAUGGGCCGAUAGUUCGGACAGGGCCGAAUCACCUGCAUAUAUGCGAUGCGAAAGCCGUCAACGCACUGUUCAGUGUCAACACCGCCUUCCGUAAGAGCGAAAGAUACAUUGUCGCGAAUCCUCCGACGUCCCUCGGCUCCCUCCUUUCGCUCUCUGACCCUCAAGCGCACUCACGACGCAGACGCUUGUGGGAACCUGCGUUCACCGCAUCAUCUCUGAAGGAAUACGAGGGCAUGCUAAACAAUCGCGUGUCUCAACUUGUCCGAGCUUUGGAUAAGCGCAAGGGUGGAAGCGUCAAUUUGGCGGACUGGUUGAGCUUCAUGGCUUUCGACUUCAUGGGUGACUUCGCUUUUGACGGGCUUUUCAACCUCCUGCAAGCUGGCGAGGAUAAAGCAAAACUCAUGCAGAGUAUCGGAGAUGGCCUUCGGUUCCAGGAACUACUGGGCACUAUUCCCUGGAUUCGGGAUUUCUACCACCUGUUUGCGCCGUCAUCGAGCUCCGCUAAACGGUUCUAUAAGGCGGGAGCCGAUGUUCUGCAGGCUCGCAUGGCUCGUGGGCAGACAACGAAGGGCCUGUUCUACUACAUUCUGGGAGAAAAUGACGAACGAGCAGGCAGUACGCAAUUGCAAUUCCCUACGCUGGUCAGCGAAGCGACCCUUGCUGUAGCAGCUGGGUCAGAUACCACAGGAACUGCCUUGAGCAAUGCAUUUUAUUACUUAGUAACGCAUCCUGAGGCGUAUAGGCGCCUCAGAACGGAGAUUGACAGUGUUGCUCCUCGAGAAACCGAAAUUCUGGAUCCCUCGACGCUUGUCAACUUACCUUAUCUGCAUGCUGUCAUUAAUGAAACUCUGCGGCUCGCACCUGCCAUUCCGAACGGUGUCCAGCGCAUCCUUCCUCGCACCGAACAACCGAAGCUCAUUGGCGAAUACCUUGUCCCACCAGGCACUUCCGUGCAAGUUUCGACGUAUACCAUUCACCGAGACCCGCGUUAUGUUGCGCCUCAUCCAGAGGAAUUUAAGCCGGAGCGUUGGCUCAAGGAUAACAAAUGGAGCCAAGACAAGGACUUCAGGCUUGUGCGGGAGGUAUUCAUGCCGUUCAGCGUUGGCCCGACCAACUGUGUCGGCAAAUCUCUGGCUAUGAUGGAACUGCGAACAGUCAUAGGCACCCUCGUCCACAAAUAUAACUUCAGACUGGACGAAGCACGGUGGUCUCAGGCGGAAUGGGACAAAGCGAGUCGAGAUGGUUUUGCUCUUAGGAAAGGCGCCUUACCUGUCAUUGUUGAAGCGACGCUUUGA